AUGAAGGAUCAGAAAUCGUCUAAGGGUCACACGUACAAGCAAUGGCUGAUAGCUAUUUUAGCCAAUGUGGCUCUCUUUGUCUAUGGUAUCGAAAACAGUUGGAUUUCCCCAAUGACCAAGAUAUUACAAUCGCAAAACUCCCCGGCUGGGCAACCGCUUUCGGAUUACGCGAUAUCUUGGAUAGCCAGCCUAAUGUGCUUCUCGGCUGUCUUCGGAACGGCUAUGUAUGCAUAUAUCGCUGAUCGAUAUGGACGUAAGAUCGCCGUUAUGGGACUCUUGUAUCCCCAAGGACUUUCGUGGGCUUUAAAGCUUUAUCCAACACCGGUUACACUCACUUUAUCCAGAAUAGUGGGUGGAAUUCCAGCAGGCGGCUGCUUUAAUGUUGUACCGAUGUAUGUUAAGGAAAUCAGCCAGGAUAACAUACGAGGAACCUUAGGAUCAUUGCUAAUCCUAUCACAAAAUCUAGGAGUUCUUUACAUGUACAUUAUUGGUGCAUAUUUGGACUACUACAGUGUUCAAUGGGCUAUUAUUAGCAUUGCUUUUGUGGCAGCGAUUCUGAUGAUUAAGGCGCCCGAAGCUCCCGCGUUCUUGAUUAAAAAAGGGAAAAUUGGUGAAGCGAUUGAGACUGUAGCAUCUUUAAGAGGUCUACCCAAAGAUGAUAAAGCAGUGCUUGAAAUAAUAGACGAAAUGAAAAAACAGGAGGAACAGUUCGAGAAUCUGCCGCGAAUUGCACUGAAAGACCUAUUCACUGACGAGAAAUGGCGUCGCAGUGUGCUAAUAGUUCUCGUGGCAGCUUCUGUACACGGCUGGAGUGGUGCAUAUGCUAUAAUUGUCUAUGCCUUUACAUUACUGAGCUACGCUGGAGCAGAUUUUGACAUCAGUCCUGAAGUACAGUCAUUCUGUUUUCCCAUAGUUAUGAUAGCUGCUUGUUUUCUUAACGCUGUGUUUGUAGAUAGACUGGGAAGGAAGCCACUAUUAGCUGGAGCAUAUGUAGCUUCAACGGUAUCUUUCGCUGUUCUAGCAACAACUCUCUUAUUGAAUAAAAAUGGAGGUUCAGCACCAGGGUGGUUGCCACUACUUGCUAUGAUAGUUUGCGUUUUUGCGUAUGCAGGAGGUAUUUCUUCGAUGCUAUACAUCAUAAUGACGGAGAUAUUUAAUUUUCAAAUUCGAGGAAAAGUGAUGGGAGUAGUAGUUACUUAUAUUUGGUUUGUGGAGUCGCUACAGCUACUUAUCUAUGCUCCUAUAUCGAAUUUCUUCGGUUACCAUACCUUGUUCUACAUUUUCGCUGGUAUAAACCUUGUUGGUUUUAUUUUUACCUUACUUUUUAUACCGGAAACCAAGGGAAAAUCUGAAGAAGAGGUUUCCGUAUCUAUAAAGAUAUUCUUUCCAAAUAUUAUCGCACUAUGCGUUGCCCGGGCUGCUGCUGGUGUUUGUGCUGGUGGACUUUUCGUUGUAGGUCCAAUGUACGUCCGAGAAAUCAGUCAGCAAGAUUUGAUUGGAAAGCUUGGCUCCAUACAAGUUGUGUUGCAGAAUAUGGGUUUUCUCAUUAUAUAUUUGGUCGGGGCAUACUUUGAUUACUUCACUGUUUUAUAUAUCACAGCUGUGUUUCCAGUAAUGAUGGCCGUGCUUAUGUUAAAAGCACCUGAAUCGCCAGCGUUCUUAGUCAAGUUAGGAAAGACUGAGGAAGCGCUCAAGGCUGUAGCUUACCUUCGGGGACUAGAUAUAGACGACAAAAUUGUUAAAUCUGAAUUGGCGGCUAUGCAGCGACAAGAAGAGGAGUUUUUAAUGAUGACAAAACCUGACUUUAUAAGCAUUCUAAAAGAUAAAGCCUGGCGACGUGGGUUGAUCAUCAUUUUAAUAAUAUUCUCUUUACACGCAUGGAAUGGAGCUUUCGCCAUUAUCGCGUAUGCUUCGGGUAUCCUUUCUUCUACUGGAGUAGAGUUCAAUAUCAGUCCAGAACUACAGACUCUCAGCUUCCCAAUUGUCAGCAUUUUAGCUUCUUUCACUUUGACAGCGUUUGCUGAGAAGUUUGGAAGGAAGCCCCUACUAGCAAGCGCUUUUCUCGUGUCAGUUUUCUCUCAAACGACUCUUGGCGUUGCUAUGUUGAUGCAAAAGUAUGGUUAUACAGUGCCAAGCUGGUUGCCAGUGAUAUGUAUGAUUAUCUCGGUCGCGGGAUAUGCUGGUGGAGUCAGACCGCUUCCAUACAUCAUACUGACCGAAUUGUUCAGUUUUCAAGUUCGUGCCCGAUUAAUGGGUUGUGCGGUAACCCACGCUUGGGUGUCGGGAGCAACUCAGCUCUUCGCCUAUGCGCCAAUAUCAGCAGCCAUUGGUCUACCACUGACGUUCAUAUUAUUCGGCGUUUUUAAUCUUCUAGGAACAUGCUUCACGUUUUUACUCCCCGAGACGAGGGGAAAGUCGGACAAUGAGAUACGACAACAGUUGUAUAAAAACUCAGUGGAUUGUAAUACAGCAUAA